AUGGGGACUGUUUCACAGGAUGCAAUCAAUCAGUUCAAGGCAUUGAUGGAUCAAGUUGAGGAGCCAUUGAAGAGAACUUACCAGAAUGUCCACCAAGGAUAUCAAGCUGAAACUCUGGCACGCUUCCUAAAAGCUAGAGAAUGUAAUGUUACCAAAGCCCGUCAAAUGUUAGUGGAUUGUUUGCGCUGGAGGGUACAAAAUGAGAUCGACAAUAUAUUAACCAAACCCAUAGUUCCAGCUGAUUUGUACAGAGCAGUGCGCGAUUCCCAGCUCAUAGGAAUGUCGGGUUACUCCAGAGAGGGGCUUCCUGUCUUUGCUCAUGGUGUUGGGCUCAGCACAUUCGACAAAGCAUCUGUCCACUACUAUGUGCAGUCACACAUUCAAAUCAAUGAAUAUCGCGACCGCAUUAUUUUGCCUACUGCAUCAAAAAAGCAUGGGCGACCAAUAACAACCUGUGUGAAGGUUUUAGAUAUGACUGGCUUAAGGUUUUCAGCACUGAACCAAAUAAAGUUGAUGACCAUCAUAUCAACUAUUGAUGACUUGAACUACCCGGAGAAAACAAAGGCAUAUUACAUCGUAAAUGCCCCAUAUAUAUUUUCAGCUUGUUGGAAGGUUGUCAAGCCCCUACUGCAGGAGAGGACAAGAAAAAAGGUUCAGGUGUUGUCUGGAAAUGGGCGAGAUGAGCUAUUGAAGAUAAUGGAUGUUGCAUCUCUUCCACAUUUCUGUAAAAGAGAAGGGUCCGGAUCAUCUCGACAUUCAGAGUAUGCAAAUGAAAAUUGCUUUUCCUUGGAUCAUCCCUUUCAUCAACAGCUAUACAACUACAUCAAGCAGCAAUCAUUAGAGAGCGAAUCUAGUCAACCAAUCAAACAAGGGUCUUUCCAUGUGGAUCUGCCUGAGCCAGCUGCUGAAGGAACAGAGAUAGCUAAAACAAUUGAAUCCGAGAUGCAUAAGUUUGAGAAUGGGAAUGGUCUUUCUGGGUCCCUAGAUGGCCUCAAAAUCAAUGACGACUCAGACUACAGAACUAGGCAUUGCCCGUGA